UGUACGACAUGUGCCACCAUCAUUAAUGUAUCAUACAUGGUUACAAACAAUAAAGUAUUGCUAUAUUAUAUGUCAUAGAUCCUGGCUUGGCUUUGCACCCAAUCAAAUAAUAUUUUUUAAUUUAAGUCCUACACACUUUCAUUUUUCUACAAACUAGCAUAAUGGAGCAAUUCUAUGAAGAAAUUGAAGAGCCAGUGAGUCCUCCAGGACAAUAUUUCAACAGUUCUGUGAUAUGUUCCUAUGUUUAUGGCUUUCUUGAAGUGGCAGUUCCGAUUGAUGAUGACAUACCAACUAUAUCCUUGCUUAGAGAUGUCUUCCUCCCCAUCAACCCACGUUUCUCCUCUAUCAUGGUUAAAGACCAAAAUGGUAAAAUGAGAUGGAAAAGAGUAGAAGUGAAGCUUGAAGAGCAUGUAAAGGUUCCCAAAUUUCCAGAAUGCAAUUCACCUGAAUUAUAUGAGCAAUAUUUUGGUGAUUAUGUGACUAGCAUUCUAUGUGAAAGGACACCACAAAACAAACCACUAUGGGAAAUCCAUAUUAUUAAGUAUCCAACAAGCAAUGCUGCAGGCACAGUAAUAUUCAAACUUCAUCAUGCACUUGGAGAUGGUUACUCCCUCAUGGGUGCCCUUCUUUCUUGUCUUCAAAGAACCGAUGACCCUUCUCUUCCACUAACUUUUCCUUCAAGAACAUCAUCAAGUUCACAUACAAAGAAAAGCUUGUUUAGGAGGUUACCCUCGUUUAUCUCCUCUUUUUUUAACUCCAUCACAGAUUUUGGAUCUAGCUUAAUAAAGACAAGAGUGAUUGUAGAUGACAAAACACCCAUAAGAUCUGGAUAUGAAGGAACCGAGUCUAUGCCCUUUACCUUGUCAAACAUAUCAUUGUCUCUUGAUCAUAUCAAAGGAAUCAAGUCCAAGCUUGGAGUGACAAUAAAUGAUGUGGUUACUGGAAUGAUUUUCUAUGGGAUUCGGUUGUACAUGCAAGAGAUUGAUUACAUGGGAAGAAAAGCAAAUUCCACAGCUGUGGUAAUGCUGAACACAAGAAAUAUUAGAGGGUACCAAUCAGUGAAGGACAUGCAGAAAGCAGAGGUGAAAGGUUUAUGGGGGAAUAAGAUUUCUUUUCUGCAAAUACCAAUUCCAAAGCUAAGCCAAUCCACAAUCUCCAACCCUCUUGAACUUGUUUGGAGUGCCCAGAAACUAAUCAAGAGGAAGAGAAGGUCUUUCAGUGUUUAUCUCAUAGGUCUGCUCUUGGAUUUGGAGAUGAAAUUAAGAGGCCCUGAGGCUGUAGCUAAAAUCAUCUACAAAACCCUGGGAAACUCUAGUGUUGUCAUAUCCAACAUAUUUGGGCCAAUGGAACACAUGUCUUUGGCAAAUCAUCCCAUAAGUGGUCUCUAUUUCACCAUGACUGGUGGACCUGAGAAUGUGGACAUAACAAUUAUGAGCUAUGUGAAAGUAUUAAGAAUCACCUUGAGAACACUAAAGGGGUUCGUAGAUGAACAGAAAUUCAAGUUUUGCAUGGAAAAAGCUUUUGAUGUCAUAUACAAAGCUGCUAUGGAGAUCUCUGAGACACCCAACAAGAAUUAAUUGGACAUAUUGUGAUCAUAGCAUUUCUAAAUUCAAGUUCUGCAUGGAGAAAGCCAUUGAUGUCAUAUACCGAUACAAGACACUUGAUUACAUUUUCAAUUUUAAGAAAAUAAAUAAAAUAAUGAUGUGUUAUAUAUAGAAAUUGAUUAGGAUCACGUAGUUAUGAGCCAUCUAAUAAUUUUUCCCAAGCUUUUAAAUGCAUUAUCCGGAUAAGAACAAAAUAUCAAUCAUUCCAGAAAGUGUCACACAUAUAUUCAAAUUAAAAUUACAUAGCUGCUUUUGUUGUUGUUGUUGUUGAGAAAAUUAAUCAUGUAGGUGCUUCAUUAUUGUAUCUUAGUUUUGGAAAAUAUAUAUGAUAUAAUAUGAAGGUUGUUUAAGGCAAUGAAGAUAUAGAACGGUGGAACUAUUCAAAUGUUGUUCCUCUUAUUAUUAAAAAACUUGCCACGUCAUGCUCAUUUAUUUUGGUGUGGAAAAUUUUCAUUUAAUUGAACAUAUAUAUAUAUAUUUCU